CUGGGAAACUUGCAUUUUAUUAUGAUUACAUUUCUGAACUUGCUAGUUUAUUUUUAGAUUCUUACUCUCUUUGUUCAUCAUAUUAUACUCAAAUUCUCUCAACUAACCGAUUUUAUGAGCGUCUUGUAGGUUUUACCCAAGAAAGCAAAAGAACUCAGCUUGAAGAGGAUAAUCUAGUUGUUCCUGUAGAUUCAACAAUUGAGCUUAGUGAAGCUAGACAGCUUUUGGAAGAAAAAUUUGCUACUCAACAAAAAUGUAUUGAUGCAAUAGUUGAAAUAGCAAAUAAAGAACAUGUUUUAUUAAUUGAUAAUAUAUCAUUAUUAGUUCAAGAUAAUUCUAU